ACUGUUGCUCAGUUUAGCUUUGUGUCGCUGUUCAGUUUGUUUAUAUCRUUUGGAGGUGUUGUACGCGAUAUUGCGCUUUCGAUUUUCGUUGCUGAGCUUCUGAGCAUUGUUUCGUAUUCGCGAGUGUAUUUGCUGUGCGUUGUUUUUGCUCGAUGUCUGAGACGGCGCGUUGUUCUGCAUAAAAUAUUUUGCUUUGUUAAUUGCCGCAGUCAAUUCUCAGAAGUUUUCCGUUUGCCAAAUGUAAUUAAAGUUGUUUUGGUUUCGAAACUUUUGCGUUUUCUGCUGUUAAAAGCCAUUGAACUGCUUUGUUAUUAAAAAUAAGAAUUGCUCCGGCAUUACUUAUUAAACUUCACAAAUGCAAUAAUUUGCAUGCAAAACUACACUACUAAUUUAGUUCAGCAUAACGGUACACAUAUMCACACUUACAGAUAUGUUCGCGUUUAAUCUACGAAUAUGAAUAAAAUAUUUGAAUAGAAUUAUAAUAACCAAUUUCGUAUCGGAAAUUUACUAAACAACAACACGAGCACGUGCUCUUAGAGUUGUGAUAGACCCAAACUGAAUUCUCAUAUGUAAAUAAAUUCUAUAAUUAUUAUGACUAAUUGAUGAAAUAAUCGCAAUCAAUAUAAAGUAUUGCCGCUCGAACAUAAAAAAUCGGAUAGCGAACGCGCAGCCAAACUUAGUUAGCAUCGUYAAGAAUACCACCCACCGGAACCAGAAAACAAAAAACAACACACAAAUACAAUUCAAACAAGUAUAUGCAAAGCACAUUACGGUAAGGAACGCAAGCGCUGCAGUUCUAAGACUGCAACUUACAACUUACAUACAGUACAAAGAAAGCCAACGAAAUUGCCAAUGCGAACUCAUUAAUACUAAGCGCUAGUUUCAAAAUCAUUGCUACCAUCUUAACCGGUCAUUUAUCGCUCAAAUAAACGUCUACGAUUGGCUGCUACGCUCAUUGCUCCUUCUAUUUACGGACAAUAUAAGUUUCUUGUGUUCUGUUUGUAAUUAAACGUCAGUACUUCAAAGAUCAUUGACAGCACCGCCACGUGAUCAUCAUCUCAUCCAUCAGCAAAUAUGGAUUUUGAUCAGAUUCUUGCGAGAUGCGGCGAUUUUAGUCGCUAUCAGUUUCUGUUGUUGACAUUGUUCGGUGUAAUCAACUUCAUUGUCUCACUACAUUAUUUUACCCAAACUGUGAUAAGUUUUGUGCCCGAUCAUUGGUGCUACCAUGAGAAAUUAGUGAAUAAGUCAUUCGAUGAGAUUGCGGAGAUCUAUGCGAAGUUUCCGAAUCCAUCUUGUACGCGCCUGCUCGACAUCGAUGGYGCAAAUGUAACGGUGAGCCCAGAGAGUUGUAUGCGUUGGAUCUAUAAAUACGAUUAUGGCUAUCGGAGCAUGAACACAGAGCUAAACUGGGUCUGUGAUUCGGCGUACAAAGCGCGCAUCGGGCAGUCGUUAUUCUUUAUAGGUUCCGUUGUUGGAACCCUCUUUUACGGCCUGCUUUCAGACAAGAUCGGUCGCUUGCCUGCUCUCAUACUUUCAAAUUUUUCGGGUUUUAUUGGGGAUUUUUCGACAAUAUUCUCUCAAAGCGUUACUACAUUUUCACUUUGCCGUUUCAUAUCCGGCAUGGCGGCAGAUACAAAUUUUUAUCUUAUGUAUAUUAUUGUUCUUGAAUAUAUCCGUCCAUCGAUGCGAACACUUGGUCUGAAUUUAGCUGUCGGUGUCUUCUAUACAAUUGGCCUUGUCUUCACACCAUGGUUGGCCGUUCUCGUUGGGCAUUGGCAACUUUAUUUGGCCUGCACUUCACUGCCUAUACUCUCCGUGGUUCUCUACUAUUUCGUAGUGCAGGAGAGCGCUCAAUGGUUGGUCACAAGAAAUGAUGUAGACGGUGCUAUAAAGCGUUUGAAACGCGUCGCACGAUUUAACAAACGAAAAGUGACUCCGUCGGAAUUUGAAGAAUUUCGCAAACAUUGCGAGAAGCAACGUCAAAAAAUGGGCGGCGAUGAGCAGGUGCACUCAACACUGCUGGAUAUGUUUAGAACGCCACGCAUGCGCAAACACACACUUAUAUUGUUUUUCAAAUCGAUGGUCAUUACACUCUGUUACGAUGCGGUCUCGCGUAAUGUUGAGGGUAUGGGCAUUUCGCCAUUCGUUAUGUUCUCCUUGAGCGCCAUCGCCGUGCUGCCAUCGAGCAUAAUCGUGAUCUUGCUACAGGAUCGCAUCGGACGCAAGGGCAUGGCGGCCGGCUCGCUUCUUGUCGGCGGUUUAUUUACCUCUUUGGCAGGCGUAGCGAUCGCCUAUCAACAGCACAACCACAAUGCCGUACUACUAGCAUGCUUAACCAUAGCGGCGCGUUUUGGUGUGGCGAUUUCAUACGAAUCCGGAUCUCAAUAUGCCACCGAGUUGAUACCAACAUGCGUGCGCGGCCAAGGUGUGGCUGCGGUACACGUAGCUGGCUUUGCAGCAUCGUUUUUGGCGCCCUACAUCUUGUGGUUGGGCACAUUCUUCAAGGCAGCGCCAUCGAUAAUUUUGGGUGCGCUCUUCUUUACGGGUUCCUUUGUAUGCCUACUACUUCCCGAGACGCUUAACAGAACACUUCCAAAAACCGUUGAAGAGGGUGAAGUUUUCGGCAAAGGCGAACGUAUGUUCGAUUUCCCCUGUCUUUCGAAGAGAGGCAAACGUUCUUGUGACUCUGAAGAGGAGGCCUACGAGCGUAAACAGUCGUUAACUGAUUUCGAUCGUGGCAAUGAAUCAGCCGAUGAGAACCUCAACAGUGCGGCGUAAAUGUGUGCGAACGCGGUAGACGUCUUAGGUGCUAAGUUUUAGAAUAAACAAAAACCACAAACAACGGAUAACGGUAAUGUUUUGCACAGAAGCGAAAGCACACAAAACACAAUAUUAUUUGUAUAUCAAUGUUUUGUAUAGUCAACGUCCUUAGUUCUUAAGAGCCUACUAGUAAUGUUGUAGGUAACAWACAGGUGCUUAGUGGGGAAGGGGUAGUAUGACUUCAGUUAAAAUUUCGAAAGAAGUGUUUAGGGAAACAUUGCGUGUGUAAUACAGAUAUAAAUAUGCGUAUACAUUAUAUAUUUAUGUGUAUAUACAAAAUCAAUCCAUCUUUUUGCACUAAAUAAACUUUGUAUCAUGCAUAACAUACAGGAAUUAAGCGAUAUAUAUCAAAUAUGUUUAAAACGUUGUACGCUUUACUUAAAUAUGUAUAUAUACAUGUACAUAUGUACUUGAAAGUCGUAAUAAUCAAACGUAGCAUUUGGCACAAUUUUACUUAAGCAGAGCUUAAAGCCAGUACUGAUUUCUAAGCAGAUUUACAAAAAGGAAAAAAAUGGAGAAAUAAAAAUAUUUUUUGUAUAAAUCUACACACUUACAUACAUAUAAUAUAUGUAUAUUGAGAAGUACGUUCUUGAUAUUCAAAGUGAAAGCCUAAGAAAGCAUACCGAAUUGGAUUGUUCUAGCAAAAAUAUAAAAGAAGUAUCUACUUACAUAUAUAAAACCCAUCAAAUAUAAAGCGAAGAAAUACAUAUGCCUAUAUACAUAAAUAUGUACAUACAAAAUUUUGAUAAUAGCUCACUUAAGAAUGCAAUAGGUGCCUAAAAUCGUUUUAUAUAAUAGCUGCAUCAAAAGUUUGAGAAUUAAUAUAUUUAAGUUUCUUUUCUGCUUAAUAAUUAGUAAAUAAACUUAGUAAUAUGAAAUAUAAAGCUUCCUUAAUUACAGUUAGUUUCUUAAGAUAUUUUAGAAUGUACAUUUCUACAAACAUUAAUUAUAUAAGCAUAUAUUAGUUAAUAUAAAAAUAUACAUUUGUAUAUGUAUAUGUAUAUGUAUUUCCUUUUUUCCUCCAAUCACAUAUUGUAGUGUAAAUAUGUCUGCAUAUAUCAUUUAUGUAUGGAUUUAUGUUUAUAAAAUGAUUUUUUACGCAAAAAUACAAAGGAAAAGCCUCAAACUAGUACAGUUAGCGAACAAUCUUUUGAAAC